AGGGUUGCGCGUACGACGGAUCGAUAAGUUAGCAGACGACUUAACUUCACAAGUUGUCAGUUUCUGAUAGGAAAGCAAAUUCAGAAAUGAAGUGUAGUUUUUGUAUUUGUCAAAGCUUAUUAGUUUUUUAUAUCUUUUUCAUAGCUGUAACUUAUGAGGAAGAAAUUCGUCCUGAAAUAGUUCAAGGAUGGGCAGAGAAGCUUGGAACAGAACUAUGGAGUCUGGGGGAUUACGUUACCAGGAGAGUCGAUGUCAUAAAGAGUUUCAAGGAGGCAAAAGUGGAGUCUCGAGAUGGAGGGAAAGUGGUGAAUGAACUUGUCAAAGACAUGGAGAAUAUGAUGGAGCACAAAGUGGACGCAGUGAGGAGAAUAAUGGACACUGCAGAGAAUGCAGCAAUUGAUUCAAAUCCUGAAGAAGAUAUAGGUGACGAGUUUGAGUACUUCAAUGCGAAGCUGUUGAAGCCGCCAGGUACUUAUGUUCCAGGAGUGGACCCGAAUGGGACUCGGGAGCUAGAGCUCACCCCCAACUCCCACUUUUUUGACAUGCCGGUUAACACUGCAGUUAGCUCUGUGCAUGUACCCACCAACGUCUUUGAUAGAGCGAAAGAGGUGAUACAUGCUGUGAAAUGGUCAGAACGGCUGGAACUGACUUUCCGUGACAACUACAAGAGUGAUCCAAGUCUCUCAUGGCAAUAUUUUGGCAGUUCUACUGGAUUUAUGCGCCAGUUUCCAGCAACGGACUGGGAGAUGGAGCCAGUAGAUUUGUUCGACUGUCGUACUCGGUCUUGGUACAUAGAGGCCGCUACUAGUCCCAAGGACAUCCUGAUCUUGGUGGAUAACUCAGGCUCAAUGAUGGGUCAACGGAAGGAGAUUGCCCGUCAUGUUGUCAAUAGCAUCCUGGACACUCUGGGGAACAACGACUUUGUCAACAUCAUGACCUUCGUCAAUGACACUAAGGAGAUAGUGGAGUGCUACCGGGACAUGUUGGUGCAGGCAAACCUGGAAAAUAUAAGAGAGCUGAAACUCGGGAUGAAGAACAUGGGACCUGCCACUUUCAUAGCAAACUUCAGCACUGCUUUAAUAACAGCCUUUGACAUUCUUGAGCAGUACAGGGAGUCUCGUAUGGGCGCUGCCUGCAACCAGGCCAUCAUGCUGGUCACGGACGGGGUACCUUACAACUUCAAGGAAAUUUUUGAGACUUAUAACUGGAAGAACUUGCCAUUCAUGCCAGUUCGAGUGUUCACUUAUCUGUUGGGCAAAGAGGUGGCUGACGUCAGAGAAGUCAAGUGGAUGGCGUGUGCCAAUAGAGGGUACUAUGUGCACUUGAGCACGCUGGCGGAAGUCAGAGAACAAGUGCUACAGUAUGUGCCAGUGAUGGCCAGACCUAUGGUGCUCCACAAGGAUAAACAUCCCACCAUCUGGACACCCGUCUAUGCUGAUACUACGGACCCGUCCAUGACAGAUUGGCUAUGGGAGAAAAAGGAAUGUAAUGAGCAGAAACAACGUUCCAUGAACUUUCGUAAGGAUCGCCAGAAGUUCAUGGAUCCUGACGAACAAGAAAAACGGAACAUUGACAAACUGCGGAAGUUUCAAGAUCAGACUGCAGGAGAUACAACCAAGUACAGGUUCAUGACGUCAGUUUCGAUGCCAGUAUUCGACAAAAGAGAUACAGCGAACAUUACCGAACGUGUUCUGAUUAAAGAAGCAUUCUGGGUACAGAGAACUCGAGAGCGUUGGGUUGCGACUCUUUCUGAGGCCGGAAUUGAUGCUUGUCAUCGCAUCAACAGAGGCAGCAAGCGACCGACGUCCGGAAUAAUCGUCAAGUUCCUUCGUAGGGAUGACGCAGACGCCCUGAUCGAGAGAAGGAAGGUGAAGAGGGACUUCUCCACCAGACACCUGUCUGGCUAUCAGCAGGACUCUCCAGUGUACGUCAACCUGUCCUUGGCACCAGCAAGAAGGGUACUAUUUGCGAAGGCCCAGUUCAAGGAUGGGCAGAGAAGCUUGGAACAGAACUAUGGAGUCUGGGGGAUUACGUUACCAGGAGAGUCGAUGUCAUAA